CCAAAUUUUAUUUUAUUUAUAUUUAAAUUCAAUUGCUGAAAAAUCUCUCAGUACGAAUAAGAGUUUUGCCGUCCUACGAGGCUUAUAGGGUAGUAGCAUUUGAAUCUUGGCCGUCCAUUUAUCUCAUCAGAAUCAUCUUUCCGUCCGCGUAUCCCAGCUCCCAACCCCAACGAGUAAAAGACCCUUCCCUCCCUCUCUGGACCUCUCGCCUGAUCUUCAUCUCUCUCUCUCUCUCUCUCUCUCCCCUCCGAUCGAGCCUUCGUCUUCUUCUCACUCUAUCUCACUCCACCCAUCUACUGGUUCUCCACACUCCCUCUUCUGUCGCGAAUAAGAAUUCCUUUGAUUCGUAUCAUGUGAGUUGCGAUCUAAGCCCCUUUUACCUCUGUCUAGGGCCAAUCCUUGGUUCUUGAGAAAGAGCAAGUGUGCUUUUUGGAGGGAUAUAGAGAGAGUGUCCAGCCGUUAUUUCGCAGGUGGGGAAUUGAGCGGAGCUUAUACGCCGAAAUUCUAAGAGAGUUUGAAUGUGGGAGCUUUGGAGAAGACAUAGAAGGAAGGUUUACCUUACAGUUGGAGUGUUGGGAAGUAGUUAUCUUCUCUACAGGCUUUAUGAUGCUCACAUACGUCGGCGUUCUGAACUGGAGAGAGAACUUGCCAACGAGCGGGAAAAUGAUGAACUCAUUAAAGCCCAAAUGCAAGCGCAUUUUGAGAACAUUCAACAAAUAGCGGAUACAACAACAUUGCCUCAUGCGAUGCUGUAUUUAAGUAGUCGGGUGGCAGAAGAGCUAGACAUCAUGCACUUGACAGAGAGGCUAAUAAGAGGAAAGGGUCAGCCCAACACUAUGACAACUUCUGAGAAACUUGAGUUAUGGGAUAGACUCAAAAUUCUAAGUUUCACAAGAAUGGUAGUGUCCCUUUGGGCAAUGACAAUGCUUAGCUUAUACAUUAGAGUUCAAGUCAACAUAUUAGGACGACAUUUAUAUAUUGACACCGCACGCGAUCUUGGAAGUUCCCAUCUGCCCGAGGAAGCUGAUCUAAUUGACAGAAAUGAACUGCAGCAGUUCCUGGCAAGUGCUGAUUUCCUUUCAAACUAUGGGAUGUCCACUUUGAUUUCUAACAUGCAGGCUGCAGCAUCUGAAGUCCUCAAGGGAAAACAGUUGAAGGACUUGUUUAACUCCACUGUAGUUCAUGAAACUGUUGUGAAGAUAUUGGACAUUUUCAUGAGCAUGGGAAGCCCUCAUCAUUGGGUGGAUUAUAUAAUGCCGGAGGAUGCUAGAUUCUACAAAUUUGUUGCAUUCUCGGAUAGUGCUGGCACAAACCUUUCUGAUGUUACCAAAUUUGAUCAGCUCAUGGUGGAGACACGUGCUGUUCUAUCGAGUGUUGAGUUUGCCAAUAUUGUUGAUAUAUCAUUAAAAAGAGCAGUCGAGGCACUAAUGGAAGACAUCAAUGCUCAACUGGGAGAGGGAAAUCUGUUGUCUGGGAUGCCGCUUGCCAAAAUUUUGCCUCGUAUUGCACAAAUCACUCCUAUACUGUUUGAGGAACCAAGCAACAAGAGGUUUAUUCAAAUAAUCCAAAACAUACCUGAAGUUGAACUAUUUUUCACUCUUCUUUAUGCAAACAUGCCAAUCUCGUAGACUAGAGAGCUAGAUUUUUGCAUCGCAACCAUUUGUAGCUUCAACGCAAGCAUUUUCCAAAAGAGCAAAAAGAUGGAUGAAGAUGGUAGAGUAAAAUUGUAACUUGUUUGCGACUAUUUAUUGGUGCUGUAUAUUUUGAGUCCUACCAGCAUUUCUGGCUUGCUAUCCCAAGGGAUUACCGGCGAGUUACUGUUAUUGCCUCAUGAAAUGUAAGCUUCUGCUUUGUAUCA